AUGAAUGGUAUUAAAUCUGGGUUCGGAUCAUUAGGUACCACAACCCAGAUUAGAUCUCUCUGUAAACUAAUUGUUGAAGACCCAGGUUCUCCAUCUUCAUUUCUUUCAGAAAAGUUCGCUUCUUUCUUGGAUAAUUGUGCAGACGCUUUUUCACUGAGAAAACUCCAUGCUCGCAUUUUCGCUCACGGGCUCGGAAACCAUAUUUUUCUCGGGUCUAAGCUUCUGAAUUGCUAUGCAAAGUUUGGCCUUUUAUCUGAAUCUAGAUGGGUUUUUAACAGAAUUAUCAAUGGAAAUCUCUCUCUUUGGAAUUCAAUUCUUGUUGGAUAUUUCAGAAGCCGGCACUUUGAAGAAGUUAUUAGGCGGUACAUAAAUUUGAAGCAAUGGAAUAUUGGGUUGGAUAGCGCGGCCAUUACAUUUAGCGUGAAAAGUUGUACUGAGUUGGGAAAUUUGGAAUUUGGCCAAGGAAUUCAUGGGGAUGCUUUAAAGUCUGGGUUGAAUGCAAACGGAUUUGUGGGUUCGUCGCUUAUUGGGUUGUAUUGUAAAUGUGGGCGUAUUAACGAUGCGUCUAAAGUGUUCGAAGAAAUAACUGACAGAGAUAUUGUUGUCUACACUUCAAUAAUUACUGGGUAUGCUCACAGUGGUGAUCAACGUGCCUAUGAGGCUUUUUGGUUUGCCCGCCAUAUGCAGAGGCAAGGAUUGCAUCCUAAUCGGGUCACUCUUGUGAGCUUACUUCAGGCAGCGUCACAGGUAGAAACACUAAAAGAAGGUUGUUCAGUUCAUGGCUAUGCUGUUAGAAGAGGAAUUGGUAGUUCGGAUGAAGUAUUUGAAACGAGUCUCUUGGACAUGUAUAACAAAUGUAAAGCCCCUAGAAUGGCAGCCUGCAUUUUUGGCAAAAUGGAUAAAAAAACAAUUGGUUCUUGGAACGCGAUGAUUGUUGGUUAUCUUAAAAUGGAGGAACCCUCGGAAGCUUUCCACCUGUUCUGUCAAGUGAUGCAAGAUAACUUUGUCCUGGAUUUGAUAACUUUGUCCAAUGGGAUUCUGUCCUGUGCUCACUUGAAUUAUUUGCAGCAGGGAAAGAGUAUCCAUGGUUACAUUAUUCGAGUUGGUGUUCAACUUGAUCUAGUGGCAUCCACCGCCCUGGUCGACUUGUACUCCAAAUCAAACAAGUUGAUCCAAGCCAGGUAUUUAUUUGAGAAAAUGGAGGAAAAGGAUGCUAUAUCUUAUGAUGUGAUGAUGGCAGGCUACCUCUACAAUUACUUUGCCAGUGAAGCUAUGGACACCUUUCUUGAAAUGGUUGGAGAAGGCAUUAAACCAAACCUAGGUUCCAUGUUGAGUGUACUUUCUGCAACUUCUGAGCUGAAAGAUAUAAGAAAAGGCAAGUGCAUCCACGGACAUGUAUUAAGACUUGGGUUUGACUCAAAUGCCGAAAUUACCAAUCAAAUCAUCUACAUGUAUGCAAAAUGUGGUUGUAUAGGCAAUGCGAGGCAAAUCUUUAAUAAGUUGAGAUAUAGGGACUUGGUCUCAUGGACUUCAAUGAUGAUGAGCUAUGUUUGUCAUGGUCAUGCUGAUGAAGCCAUUGUAUUGUUCCGCUUGAUGCAAAGAGAGCAAGCAGAGCAUGAUUCAGUUACUUUUAUAACUUUGCUUCAGGCAAUUUGUCAGCUUGGAAGUCUGAGUUUAGCAAAGGAAGUUCACUGCCACUUAUAUCGAGCUAACAUGAACAAUGAUAUAUCUAUCACCAAUUCUUUGAUUACCAAUUAUUCCAAGUGUGGGAAAUUAAAUAUGGCUGCCAAUCUUUUUGAGCAUGCAGUCGAACGGUGUCUGACAUCAUGGAACACGAUGAUACUUGCAUAUGGGAUGCAUGGGAAAUGUAAGGAGGCCCUAAUGCUAUUUGAACAGAUGAAGAAUGUGAAGAUUGUGCCUGAUGAGGUAACCUUUACAUCAAUUCUCACUGCUUGUAGCCAUUCCGGCAUGGUAAACGAGGGCCUGGAAGUUUUCAAAUCCAUGAUAGAAGAAUAUUCCAUAGUUCCAUGUGAAGAGCAUUAUGGCUGCAUGGUAGAUUUAUUAAGCCGAGCAGGAUUGCUUGAAGAAGCAUAUAAUCUGGUUAAAUCCCUGCCAUCAGGGCUUACUGCUUCUACAGUAAGAACUUUGCUUGCUGCUUGUAAAGUACAUGGAAAUACGGAGAUAGGUGAGAUUUUAGGAAGACGCCUCUUGGAUUUAGACCCGGAGAACUCAAGUGUUUUUGCCAUGGUGUCAAAUUUAUAUGCAGAAGGUGGAAAAUGGGGUGAAGUAGCCAGAGUAAGAGACGCAGCAAAACAGAGAGGUUUAAAAAGAACUCCGGGAUAUAGUCUAAUAGAGGUGCACAGAUAA